ACGAAGUUGAUGACUUGCCCCAUUUUCCCAUUCUUGUUGACAACGACUAACAGACAACAAUGGCGGCAGAAGGAGGCGCAGACAUCAAGGGCGCUUACUUCGUCACAGAGAUCGACCAAAAUAACCUCGUCAUGGGGACGUGGAGCACGGGAAUCCUCGGCUGCAUCAACGCCGGGUCGCUGUCGGUGUGUUGCAUGGCAACGUUCUGUCCUUGUGUGUCCCUGGCACAAAUCGCCCACCGCGUUGGCAUGUACAAGUAUUGGACCGUCCUCACCGCAUUCAUGGUACUCUUCGGCGCGUACGUUGCGUUGGCGCUGCUGGAAUCCACCGUGAGCAAGCUGUUUGUGUUUGGCAUGUGGGCGGUGACCGUAGUCGCGCUUCUUGCCAUCUCCGUGAUACGCAAGAAUGUCCGGGAGCGCUUUCAAAUCCCUGGGUCCGCGUGCGAAGAUGUCGUGUGCAGCUGCAUCUUCUCGUGCUGCGUUGUAGGUCAGCUGUCUCUUCACGUCGACUCGAUCGACAAGGACUCUUGCAACUUCGGGCCCAAAGACACAUUGCCAGGCUAUAAUAGCCAGUGAGUUCCUAUCGCAGUCAACACGACUGUUCUACCGUUCUAACAUGUUCUAACAUCAAGUUCUCAAUCCACUACAUACUACGUCGCCUCGUG